AUGUGCCGGGCUCAAGAGAAGGACUACACCGUAAAAGAGGAGCAGAGGAGCAGUGUGCGCAUCGGAAACCUGCGCAAAGACCUCAACUUGAACCUAGAUCCAGACAUUAAACUGUCUUCAGCGCUGCAGUUUAAACCUGUCUACAAGACGGGUGAUGUGCCUUUGGUCAAGGUAGAGGCAAGCACAGGAGAGAUUUUCACCACAGCCAACCGCAUCGACCGUGAGAAACUCUGUUCCGGAGUCUUCAAUGAGAAGCGCUGCUUUUACGAGAUCGAGGUCGCCGUGCUACCCGACGAGAUUUUCCGACUUGUCAAGAUCCGCUUCCUCGUCGAAGAUAUCAACGACAACGCCCCGCUCUUUCAAUCGACUGUUAUCAACAUCUCCAUUCCAGAAAACACAGCCAUCAACAGCCGCUACCCUGUCCCUUCCGCAUUUGACCCUGAUAUAGGGAUCAACGGGAUUCAACACUACGAGCUUGUCAAGCAGACUUUGCAGAUCUUUGAAGAGAGUGCAGCACCUACUCUGAGUAUGGACUUGGCAAGUGAGGCCCAUGUUCUGGUGGUUUUACUCACCUGCCUGUUCUUGAUGUGCCGGGCUCAAGAGAAGGACUACACCGUAAAAGAGGAGCAGCCGGAGAAUGUGCGCAUCGGAAACCUGCGCAAAGACCUCAACUUGAACCUAGAUCCAGACAUUAAACUGUCUUCAGCGCUGCAGUUUAAACCUGUCUACAAGACGGGUGAUGUGCCUUUGGUCAAGGUAGAGGCAAGCACAGGAGAGAUUUUCACCACAGCCAACCGCAUCGACCGUGAGAAACUCUGUUCCGGAGUCUUCAAUGAGAAGCGCUGCUUUUACGAGAUCGAGGUCGCCGUGCUACCCGACGAGAUUUUCCGACUUGUCAAGAUCCGCUUCCUCGUCGAAGAUAUCAACGACAACGCCCCGCUCUUUCAAUCGACUGUUAUCAACAUCUCCAUUCCAGAAAACACAGCCAUCAACAGCCGCUACCCUGUCCCUUCCGCAUUUGACCCUGAUAUAGGGAUCAACGGGAUUCAACACUACGAGCUUGUCAAGGUACCUUCAACCACCAGCCCUGGAUCAGUGGUGACCAGAGUAUUUGCCAUUGACAAUGACACUGGGAUGAAUGCUGAGCUGCAGUACAGUAUUAUUGGAGGGUCACCGAGAGGACUGUUUGCCAUUGACAAAACGACAGGAAAUAUUACUCUGCAGGAGAAGAUUGUAGCAGCAGAUCAAGGUCUCCACAGGCUGGUGGUAAAGGUCAAGGACUUGGGACAGCCUGAGUCCUUACAUGCAAUCGCCCUUGUCCAUUUGUUUGUCAAUGAUACUGUCUCCAAUUCCACGUUCAUACAGGAGCAACUUCGCAAGAGUUUGGAGACUCCUUUGGAGCGGAACAUUGGGGACAACGACGUGACACCCCAGACCAAUGGCUACGUAAUUGUUGUUAUUGCCAUAAUAGCUGGAACUAUGACCGUUAUCUUGGUGAUCUUUGUGACUGCUUUGGUACGCUGUCGACAGACACCGAGACACAAAGUUGUCCAGAAGAGUAAACAGAGUGGCGAGUGGGUAUCACCCAACCAGGAGGGCCGGCAGAUUAAAAAGAAAAAGAAGAAGAAGAAGAGGUCCCCAAAAAGUUUGCUGCUGAAUUUCGUAACCAUUGAGGAAGCCAAGAAUGAUGACUCUACUCAUGAGCAUAUCAAUGGCACCUUAGACCUCCCUGUUGAACUUGAGGAGCAGACAAUGGGAAAGUACAACUGGGCUACCACACCAACUACCUUCAAACCUGACAGUCCUGACUUAGCCAAGCACUACAAAUCCGCUUCCCCUCAGCCAGCAUUCCAGAUCAAACCAGAGACCCCUGUGGCUCCCAAGAAGCAUCAUGUAAUUCAGGAACUCCCACUGGACAACACAUUCGUGGUGGGCUGUGACUCACUCUCCAAGUGUUCCUCCAGCAGCUCUGACCCCUACAGCGUUUCAGAGUGCAGCUGUCAAGGGGGCUACAAGCACUACAAAUCCGCUUCCCCUCAGCCAGCAUUCCAGAUCAAACCAGAGACCCCUGUGGCUCCCAAGAAGCAUCAUGUAAUUCAGGAACUCCCACUGGACAACACAUUCGUGGUGGGCUGUGACUCACUCUCCAAGUGUUCCUCCAGCAGCUCUGACCCCUACAGCGUUUCAGAGUGCAGCUGUCAAGGGGGCUACAAGGUACCUGGACAAAUCCACACCAGACAGAACCAGAGCCAGACUCCAGAUAAAACAUUCUCUGUUGUCCUAGCCACGUGCACCCACAAGCAGACACAACGCCGUGUGACCUUUCACCUCCCGGAUGGCUCUCAGGAGAGCUGCAGUGACAGCGGGCUUGGAGAGCAGGAGCCCAGUAGCGGUACCAGCACCACCCAGCCUCUGCCCUUGGGCUUCCCUCAGGAAGAGUACUAUGAACAGACCUCACCGAACAGCCGCACUGAGGGUGACGGCAACUCUGACCCCGAGUCCACUAUUGAAGUGAACCUGCAGAAAGCUCUCGCCGAGGCCUCGGAGACCUGUACCCAAGAAUGUCUGAUCCUGGGUCAUUCUGACAGUUGCUGGAUGCCGCCACCGCUGACCCAAUUCCAGACGUCCGGUGCCGCCACUCUGUCCUCCUUUGGUUUUCAACAAAGCUGGGCGCGGGGGACCAAGCCAGAUGGGCGUCACACCCUUGGCAGGUCAGUGCCCAAAGUUGAUCUGGACAAAGGGAGCAACCGGCCCCAAUUCUACAACACACUUGAGAGACACUGCAGCAAGAAAGAGGAUCCCAUCAAGGUCAUCCCUCUAGCCAGCUUUUCCGCCACGUCCAGCCCGCAGACGUCUACGAGCGGAGGCUCUUCCGCCUUCCUGCACGAGCAUCAGCUGUAGAAGUGAGGGUAGGUCUCAGAGCACUGCAUAAUGAGAGUGAUUGAAAUGGAAAAGCUGACGGGUUCUGAUCGUUAUUAGCAUGUGUCAAAUGUUUCAUGACACAGGAUGUUUCUAAACUCAGCAGAAGGGGAAGUUAAAGCAAAGGACGGUAGCUUUCGAUAUCCUCUGUCGAACUGAAACAUGUACAGCAGACAAAUGGUAGAUAUAGACCAAAGUAGCUCCUCAAGUGAAAAAAAAAUGGUGUGAAAUGUGUCUUAGUGACAGAUUAGUGGCAAAUGAAUUAAGCUUUACUGUUGAUCAAAAGGGACAAGAUUUUUAUUUCAUUCUUUUGUGCGCCUCUUGAAUGCAACUUAACAAAUUACUUUUAAGUCUGUGCUCGUGGAAGAAAUCAUUGCAUAC